CGUCGAUCUUGGCCUGCUUAGAGCUUAUUCGACACUAGUGGGUGAUCACGAGCACGUUGCUGUGUCGGCUUCUUUGACUGAGCGCUCUUCAAAUAGUGGCCGACGAGCAUUCUAGCUUCCCCAUCUCGAAAAGAGCAAAAAUGGUCGCGCUACAGCUUCUCGCAGCGGCGCUUGCUGCUACUGCGGUGCAUGCUCAGACGUUCCGCCGUACGGCGGCUUGCCCCAAGCUCGGAUGCGUGUUCCCGCCCGACCAGGUCAACUUCAUCGCCGGCCAGACGUUCGACAUCCGUGUAGAGGUCCAAGCGCCUAUCAAUGGCACACAGGCAUUCAACGGGGGUAAGGUCGACCCCAACUUCAAGCUCGAGAUUGGAGGAGAGGGCGCCGAGCUUAUCGAUGUCACUCAGUUCUUCGGGCUCCAAGACCCCAAGCCUGAGAGCUAUAACUUCACCUGGUACGAAGACCUGUUUGCCGAGGACGCCAAGACGCCUAGCGCCGUCAAUGUCAUCGCUAAGAGUUACCGCAAUGUUCAGCUGCACAACCCUGGCCGCUACAAGGUCCGUCUGACCUUCAACGGCGGCGACACGCAGGAGGCGACUUGGGAGGUCAACCCCAUCCCCGAUUGUGCAAAGGCCAAGAACCUCCUCUUCUUCGUCGGCGACGGCAUGGCAACCUCUAUGAUCUCUGCUGCGCGUCUCCUUGCCCACAAGAUGAUCAACGGCAAGUACCAGACGCACAUGGCGUUCGACUCGGCUCAGGGCUAUGGAUCCCAGAUGACCCACUCGCUUGACAGCUUCAUCACGGACUCGGCCAACAGCGCCUCCUCGUUGUUCACUGGCCACAAGAUGACCGUCAAUGGUCUCAACGCCUACACGGACUCGACCGGCAAGCCUUACAACAACGCCAAGGUCGAGACCGUCUUUGAGAUGUUCCGCCGCACCACCGGCGGACAAGUCGGAGCCGUGUCUUCGGCAUUCAUCGCCGACGCAACCCCGGCUGCCAUUUGCGCCCACACCUCGCAGCGCUCCCAGUACCACACUGUCAUCGAGCAGUACCUUAGCGGUGUGACAAUGAACCACAGCUGGACGCCAUGGGGUGGCGUCGACGUCCUCUUCGGCGGAGGUGCCGAGAGCUUUAUCGCCUCCGCCGCGAACGGCAACGUCGACCAGUUUGACCGCUGGGGGCAGCACGGAUACCAGGUCGGCUUUAACAAGACGCAGCUCGAAGCGUUCAGCAACGACCAGCGCGCCCUUGCCAUUUUCACUCGUGGCAACGUCUCGACUUGGCUCGACCGCCAUAUCUACACCGACGCUCUCAAGUACGCCGUUCAGCCCGACGGCACCCAGGGUGCCUACGACCAGCCCGGCCUCAAGGACAUGACCAUCAAGGCUAUCGACAUUCUCAGCACCCGUGCCAAGGCCCGCGGCACCGGCUGGGCGCUCAUGUCCGAGGCCGCUCUCAUCGACAAGAACAUGCACGUGGGCGAUAUUGACCGCGCACUCGGCGACCUCCUCGAGCUUGACGACACCGUCCGUGCCGCUCUCAAGCACCUUGAGGAGAUCGGUGAGCUCGAGCAGACUCUUAUCGUCGUGACGGCCGACCACGGGCACGGCUUCGAUGUCUUUGGCUCUGCCGACACCAAGUACCUCAAGGAGCAGAAGGAGGACCGCAAGAAGCGCGACGCCGUGGGUGUGUACGAGAACUCCGGCCUCUCUGCGUAUGUUGUCCCGAAGAACGUCAGCCCAACCACGCACGAGAUCUUUGAAAACCCCCAGGGCCACUUCCCUAUCACCUGGGACCCGCGCUACACCCUCGCGCACGGCUACGCGGCAGUUACUGACCGCCGCGAGGACUACGAGGUCAGCAAGGAGCACGAACGCAUCCCGUCGGCGCUCGGUGCGGACAAGACUCAGGGCUACUUCUUUAACCCCAACGACAGCCCCGACGGUUUUGCCAUGACCGGCAACCUGAACACUCAGAGCGGGCAGGGAGUGCACUCUCUCGUCGAUGUGCCCAUUUACGCCUGGAGUGCCGGGCACGAGCUGUUCCGCGGCGUCAUGAGCAACGUUGACAUUGCGUUCCGCGUGGCCGAUGCGCUCGGCCUCGGCCACACUUCCAAUGUCACCAAGCCCUACAAGCCUUGAAGAGGGCGCACAAAAUGAUGAAAGCCAACUUAUAAUCGGAGAUCAAAGUAGCUGUAGCUGUAGUAUGAAUGAGGGUAACAUGAG